AUGGUAGUGGAGUAUGACCAAGAUGCCACCUCACUGGAAGGAAAGAAGCAUAACUUCAUCUCUGAGGAGAAAAUAUUUUCUCGCUGCCUGCAGGGUCCGGUGUCCUUUGAGGAGGUGGUGGUGUGCUUCACCGAGGAGGAGUGGGCAUUGCUGGAUCGAGGCCAAAGGGCCCUGUAUGGGGAAGUGAUGGAGGAGAAUUAUGAGACGGUGGCCUCUCUGGGUUUGGAGUGGAGGAGUGAGAAUGAGGGAGACCCAUUCACAGGUGGCCCAUCUGAAGAGGAGGAAGAACAGAAAAGAGAAAACAAUGAAAGGAGAAGGAGCAAUUUUUCUGCUUCUCAGGGUGGUGAGAUCCAUGAAGCCCUAAUUCAAGAGCAAGUAGACAUAGGAAAGGGCCAGAUUCAGUGUCCCGUGUGUGGAAAAGGCUUCAACAUUCAAUACAAAUUUAAUAGGCACUGGACAGCUCACACCGGGGAAAAACCAUUCAAAUGCUCAGAGUGUGGGAAGAGCUUCCGUCAGAAGGACAAACUGACUACGCAUCAGCGAAUCCACACAGGAGAGAAACCAUACCUGUGCAUGCAGUGUGGGAGGAGCUUCAGUUCCAACUCACACCUUACACUACAUAAAAGGAUUCACACAGGGGAGAAACCAUAUAAAUGUGCUGAGUGUGGAAAGAGCUUCCGUCAGAAGGACAACCUGACUACGCAUCAGCGAAUCCACACAGGAGAAAAACCGUACCUGUGCAUGCAGUGUGGGAGGAGCUUCAGUUCCAGCUCACACCUUACACUACAUAAAAUGAUUCACACAGGGGAGAAACCAUAUAAAUGCCCACAGUGUGGAAAGAGCUUCAGAAUGCAUUCAAACCUUCGACGACAUCAAAGAAUCCACACCGGGGAGAAACCAUAUGAAUGCCCACAGUGUGGAAAGAGCUUCAGCAUUCUUUCAAACCUUCGACGACAUCAAAGAAUCCACACCGGGGAGAAACCAUAUGAAUGCCCCGAGUGCGGCAGGGGCUUUGUGAAUAAUCCUGAUCUUACAAGACACCAAAGGAUCCACACAGGAGAGAGACCUUUUAAAUGCGCUGAGUGUGGGAAACGGUUCAAUCAGAAGGAUGAAUUGACCAUACAUCAGAGAAUCCACACAGGGGAAAAACCUUUCAUUUGCUCAGUGUGUGGAAAGCGGUUCCGUGCGAAGAGUUCACUUUCUAUACACCAGCAGAUUCACACUGGGGAGAAGCCCUUCAAAUGCUCCGAAUGUGGAAAGAGCUUCCUUAACAACAGAGGCCUUAUGAGGCAUCAGAGAAGCCACACCGGGGAGAAGCCUUUUACGUGUUUGGAGUGCAAUAAGAGCUUUUCUGAAAACUCAGACUUAAAGAAACACUUGAGAAUCCACAGGGAAAAGCCAUAUAAAUGUUCAGAGUGUGGGAAGUUUUUCUUUCAGAAGUCACGUCUUACUUCCCAUCAAAGAAUUCACACAGGGGAGAAAUUCCACAAGUGCCUCAAGUGUGGAAAGGGCUUCACUCAGGGGCAGGACCUGGGAGCUCAACUGAGAGCUCCUCAUUGGCUGCAAGUCUGA